AAUUGCUGGUUCUCAUGCAAUCGGUCACAAAACUGAGCCAGAGUCAAUGGCCACUCUAGCUUUCUCAUCCGCUCUGUUCUUCUCUUCUCCAUCCACCAAUAAGCUUCUUCAUCCAACUUACUCCAUUGUUUCCUCAUCUCCACGCCUCUCUCACUCCUCUGCUCUCUCUUCUUCUCUUUCUAUUUUCCCCACUUUUCUCUCAAAGCCUGUAUCAACAAGCUCCAGAAGCUUUAAUGUAUGUUCCUUGAGUGCCAAGGCUAGCGCCGCCGAGAAGAAAAAGGUCCUCAUAGUGAACACCAACAGUGGUGGGCAUGCCGUAAUUGGGUUCUACUUGGCAAAAGAGCUUCUGGGUUCUGGCCAUGAGGUCACAAUACUCACUGUUGGUGAUGAAGGCUCUGAUAAGAUGAAGAAGCCCCCUUUUAACAGAUUCUCAGAAAUUGUAGGUGGUGGAGGAAAAACCGUUUGGGGAGACCCAUCAGAAGUUGGCAAAGUUGUGGGAGGAGCAGCUUUUGAUGUGGUGUUGGAUAACAAUGGCAAGGAUUUGGACACAGUAAAGCCUGUGGUAGAUUGGGCUAAGGGCUCUGGUGUGAAGCAAUUCUUGUUCAUAAGCAGCGCUGGGAUCUACAAGCCAACUGACGAGCCUCCUCACGUUGAAGGGGAUGCUGUAAAAGCUGAUGCUGGUCAUGUUGGAGUGGAGAAGUACAUUGCAGAAGCAUUUGAUUCUUGGGCAAUAUUUCGUCCCCAGUAUAUGACUGGAUCUGGAAACAACAAAGACUGCGAGGAGUGGUUCUUCGAUCGAAUUGUUAGGGAUAGACCAGUUCCAAUCCCAGGUUCAGGGAUGCAACUCACCAACAUUUCCCAUGUAAGGGACUUAUCCUCCAUGCUUACUCUAGCUGUGGAGAAGCCAGAGGCAGCAAGUGGCAACAUAUUCAACUGCGUAAGCGAUCGAGCUGUAACUUUGGAUGGACUAGCCAAGCUCUGUGCUCAAGCUGCUGGUCGCCCGGUCAACAUAGUGCAUUAUGAUCCAAAAACCAUAGGGAAGGAUGCAAAGAAAGCUUUUCCUUUCCGUAACAUGCACUUUUAUGCCGAACCAAGAGCUGCAAAGGAAAUUUUGGGAUGGCAAGCUACCACAAACCUUCCUGAAGACUUGAAAGAGAGAUUGGAUGAGUACAUACAGAUUGGUAGAGACAAGAAAGAAGUCAAAUUCGAGUUAGAUGACAAGAUAUUAGAAUCCCUUAAGGUUCCAGUAGGUGUAUGAUUGAUCAACAAAAUUGCUUCUUUUCAUCUCCCUGUCGUUUGCUUGCUUGAAUAAACACUACACUGAAGACUGAGAUUAACAAUUUUUUUUUU